AAAUAUAUACAUACAAGCUAUGUAGGAAUUAAAUUACGUGUCUAAUGUACCUCAUGCAUGUUCUAGCCCAUAAUACAUGGUUAAUAAAUGAUAUCUUUUGCUGCUAUUGCUGCUCGGAGAAGGUAGAGGGUGAGCUAUUCUAACUGGACUGAUCAAGCAAUUGUUCCCCUCAGGAGAACUAAGCCCUGCGUUCCCAGCAUGGAGGUGGAGAACCAGACCGGGGUCACCAAGUUCAUUCUGGUGGGCUUCCCUGGGACCUGUGGCAUGCGUGCCUCAGUGUUCCUGAUGUUCCUCUUGGCCUACGUCCUGACCAUGGCUGAAAACAUGGUCAUCAUCCUGCUGGUGCAGCAGAACCGACCGCUGCACAAGCCCAUGUACUUCUUCCUGGCCAAUCUUUCCUUCCUGGAGACCUGGUACAUCUCUGUAACCGUGCCCAAGCUGCUGGUCAGCUUCUGGUCUGUGAGCAACAGCAUCCCCUUCACCCACUGCAUGAUCCAGCUCUACUUCUUCAUCGCACUUAUGUGCACAGAGUGUGUGCUCCUGGCCGCCAUGGCCUAUGACCGCUACGUGGCCAUCUGCUGCCCACUCCACUACCCCACCAUGAUGAGCCAUAGGCUCUGUGCCCGCCUGGCUCUUGGGUCCUGGGCCACUGGCUUUGGCAUCUCCCUGGCAAAGACCUACUUCAUCUCCCGCCUCAGCUUCUGCGGCCCCAACGUCAUCAAUCACUUCUUCUGUGACAUCUCUCCUGUGCUCAACCUCUCCUGCACAGACAUGUCCAUGGCUGAGCUGGUGGACUUCCUCCUGGCCCUGGUCAUCUUCCUCUUCCCACUCACAAUCACCGUCCUGUCCUAUGGGUGCAUUCUGGCCACUGUUUUACGCAUGCCCACGGGGAAGCAGAAGGCCUUCUCUACGUGUGCCUCCCAUCUUGUGGUGGUCACCAUCUUCUACUCCGCCACAAUCUUCAUGUAUGCUCGGCCCCGUGCCAUCCACGCCUUUAAUAUGAACAAAGUAAUUUCCAUCUUCUAUGCCAUCGUCACCCCUGCACUCAACCCUUUUAUUUAUUGCCUGAGGAACCGGGAGGUCAAAGAGGCUCUGAGGAAGCUGGCCUACUGCUAGGGUACCCGCUCUGACUAGCCUAUUGUAGUCGACUAAAACACAGGGUGGUGUGUGCCUGCCCAGCCAUUCUCUGUCUAGUCCUUUUUUAGGCUUCUCCUGGUUGUUACCCAUGUUACCGUGAUACUGCUACGUCCACACCAACCACGGACUCUUGGUUAGUCCAAGGUCAGCCUCUGCUCCUAUUGUCAUCAACUCUAGGGGCAUGACAUUGUAUAGAGACCAAGAGAAAAGGGG